GCACUCUCCACUCCGCCACCUUCAUAUCUCUUUCUCAAAUUUCUCUCUUCCGCCCCUUAGACUGGUAUCAUGGCCGAACAGCAGACCGUUCCUGCUUUCAAGCUUGUCCUCGUUGGUGAUGGUGGUACCGGAAAGACGACGUUCGUGAAGCGUCACUUGACCGGGGAGUUCGAAAAGAAGUACAUUGCCACGUUGGGUGUCGAGGUCCACCCUCUGACGUUCUCAACGAACUUUGGCACGAUCUGCUUCAAUGUCUGGGAUACUGCCGGCCAGGAGAAGUUUGGUGGUCUCCGGGAUGGGUACUACAUUCAAGGACAAUGCGGUAUCAUCAUGUUCGACGUCACUUCUCGUAUCACGUACAAGAGUGUGCCGAACUGGCAUCGUGACUUGGAGCGUGUUUGCGAAAACAUCCCCAUUGUUUUGUGCGGUAACAAGGUUGAUGUCAAGGAGCGAAAAGUGAAGACUGCGCAUGUCACCUUCCACCGGAAGAAGAACCUCCAGUACUUCGAGAUCUCUGCGAAGUCCAACUACAACUUCGAAAAGCCUUUCCUAUGGCUCGCCAGGAAACUCGUUGGCAACCCCUCCCUGGAGUUCGUUGCCGCACCCGCGCUUAAGCCGGCCGAGGUCGAAGUCGACGCUGCUCUCAUGGAGCAAUACAAGCGGGAGUUGGCUCAGGCAGAGGCAGUUCCUCUUCCCGAGGAGGACGAGGACCUGUAGUCGAUAGUUUUUGCGCUCCACUUCUCACCUGCUGUCGCUGUUUAUGUCCUUUGACGCUGCACCCAUUGUUUCGAUUAUAAAGAAGGCACAACCAGUUCCACUAUAUCAUCUCUUCCCUUCUGAUUGUGCUGUUUCUUCCUAUAUCAGUAAUCCGCAUCGUGUCGUCCCAAUGUAUGUUUCAUGAAGUAUGCAAUUGUCCAUGGUUGGAAUGGAUUAUGCCUUUGCAACCCGUAGAAGGCGCACAUCAAAAUUCAACAUGGGU